AUGUGGAGUAGAAGAAAUGCCAAGGGCCGUGCGCCGGAACGUGGGGCGGCAAUUCAAAGAAAUACUAUGUUGUGUCAGAAGAACAACACCUUCUGGAUGCGAAGCACCAGAAAUUAG